CUCCCUUCACUUUCAGUUAAAGUCACUCUCUCUCUCUCUCUCUCUCUCUCUCUCUGCCUUCUCUCUUCCUUCCACCAUUUCUCCACCUCUCUCCGUCUCUUUCACCCACGGAGCCAAAACUGAUGAAGCCAUCUCAAAUGGGUCUCUGCUCAAUCUGGUUAUCCGGCCUAAUGCUGAUCGCUCUCUCCCUCUACGCCACUCAGAAGCUGCCCUCCAUCAAGCAGCCCCUGCUCAGCCGCCGCGGGCACCUCCGCCACCCUGUCGGCCCAAGAAUCACGAUAUUCACAGCCCCGGGUCCUUUCUCAGGUUCUGCCGGGGACAGGCAGAGAGUGGCCAUUCGGUCGUGGCUCGGCUUGUCGCCCCGCAUCACGGUCGUAAUGUUCAGCCAGGACGCGUCCGCUGUCUCCUUCGCCAGCAGCUUCGACUCGCGGCUGAUCGUAGACGCCGACGUCGACUUCACGUUAGUAAUUCCAGCUGCCCGUUGGUUAUUCUUGUUUGCAGUUUGAUCGCUCCAUUUUUCCGGAAUCUAGAGGUGGUCGAUUGAGUCAAAUCAAGUGUCGGUGGGCCUACGGCGCUGUGACUCCAUGGAUGAAAUCAAGUCAAAGCUCUAUAAACUUAGCUCAAGUAUUUCCGAAUUUUAUGUUUUUGCCCCCUGACUUUUGAAUCAUUUUUAACUUUGGCUCUGCACCAGCAAAGCUUAAAGCUUGCUUCAUCACCUUGUCAAAAAGUUGAUUCUUCACUCAAUCCCAGAGCUUGGGGCAAUUGAAAGUAGUUGAGUUUUUGUAUUGAUGGGAUCAAAGUUGAUAUCUUUUCAUAGUUUUGGGGGUGAAAGCUCGAGAUAUGGAGUCAGAGGGGGAACAUCAGAAAGCUGCAAACUUUGGACUCAAGAUGAAUGCAAUUGUGUGGUAUAAAUACAGUUUGCAGUGCAUAUACACCCCAGGACAAUGUGUAUUUAUGAUGAGGAUCUAUUAUGCAAUUUCUUUGUGUGCUUGAGAGGAGAUUUCUAUGGCAAUUUCGGUUUUUCUUGUUCCUCGGUACUCCAUUUUUCCAUUCCAUGAUGGCAAGGUCCCGAUCGUUUGGAUCAGAUAUUUCGGUCUUCGUGAACCCUGAAACCAUUCUCCUGCCUGACUUCACUUCCUCCAUGAGUUUCCUUCAUGAACUUGACCAGGAUUGGUUGCUCGUUGCUUCUCCACGUAACAUUUCAUACUUGCCCUUCCGUUUGAGUGAUGAUGGCACCCACUGGCUAAAAGAGAGUGACAAGCGGGUCAAAAUGAAGGAGUUGCAGGAGAUACUUAGUCGAAAAUCACAAUGGAGCCCCUCUGAUGGGAAACUUAUCACGGCAUGGAACAGCAGGGGCUCCCCCUUGCAUACAGGGACCCUUCCCCCUUUUCUAUAUGGGAAGGGAACACACAAUCAUUGGGUCAUUAGUGAGGCUCUGUCAUCUCAUCUUAGGUUCGUGUUUGAUGCUAGUUGGACCAUCUCCAGUUACUUUCUCGAUUAUCCGACAAAUCAGUCUAAUGACUUGAGCGGUAGAGAAAGUUGGGAGUAUGUUGGAAAUUCCCAUCUCGGAGCGCUGUAUGGAUCAUCACUUUUCAGAGAAGCUAACUUCUCUAGCCUCGUGAGACUCAUGAAGUGCAGCGGCCGAUAUCUUUUUUUCGACCCGGUGAGUUAUGCUGUUAGUCGAUCUGGAGGUCGAAACAAGGUGGGUUUAUUGGAAAAGAAGAUCCUGCACUCGUGGCGGAAGAAAAAAGUCUCAGCUUGUGUUGAAACGAUCAAAUCAUCAGAAGGCAUGUGGAAUUGGUCUUCAAAGAAUCAGCUGAAGGCCUCAGCAAAAUUAGAUUUUCCAUUCUUGUUGGAGUCUCUCCUCUCAGGAAUCGCAGACGAGAACAAGACGAUUGUGCUUACUGUUGCUGGGUACAGUUACAAGGAUAUGAUGAUGAGUUGGGUCUGCAGAAUGCGCCAUCUCAAGAUCACAAAUUUUAUCAUCUGUGCUCUUGAUCGUGAAACCUAUGAUUUCGCUAUCUUACAGGGUCUUCCUGUUUUUCGGGAUUCAUCAGCUCCAAGAGAUAUUAGCUUUGACAACUGCCACUUUGGUAGUAAGUGCUUUCAGAGGGUGACCAAAGCGAAGUCAAGGAUAGUAUUGAAGAUACUUAAGCUCGGAUAUAAUGUGCUUCUGAGUGACGUCGAUGUCUACUGGUUCAAAAACCCAGUGCCGCUGCUCUCAUCCUUUGGUCCUUCUGUUCUUGCGGCACAGUCCGAUGAAUACAAUAAAACAGGGCCCAUAAAUAUGCCCAGGCGCUUGAACUCGGGCUUCUACUUUGUCUUUUCUGAUGGGUCGACAGUCGCGGCUAUGGAGAAGGUUGUAAAGCAUGCCGCUACAUCAGGCUUGUCCGAGCAGCCGAGUUUUUAUGACAUGUUAUGUGGGGAAGGUGGCUCGAAUCGUGUGGGAGAUAACAUGUGCAAAGAACCUGAGACAAAUCUGACCAUUUAUUUUCUGGACCGGGAUUUAUUCCCUAAUGGUGCUUAUGAAGGCCUGUGGGAGAAAAGAAAUGUCAGAGAAGCUUGUUCGAAGAUGGGCUGCCUUGUUAUUCACAACAACUGGAUAAGUGGGAGAAGGAAGAAACUCGAACGUCAGGUGUUGUCUGGGCUCUGGGAAUAUGAUAUAAGCACAAGAAUGUGCAAGCAAAGUUCCAAAAUCAGUUGUUAGGACCUUAAGUGGUUUUUCAGUUUAUCUUCUAGCAGCGGCUAAGAUCGGAUUUCCCAAGGUAUAGGCGAAAGCUGGAGGUCUUCCCUUUACUUUGUUGCUCCUUGGAUUCAUCACCUGUCUUGUGUGGGAAAGUGCUACAUACCAUCAAAUUGAGGUGCUCCUCGUUAUAUUCAUAUACUAGACAGAAUGCAAGAUCCAUAACCUUGAACUCCCUAUCUCCAAUGCAUGAACACAUCCGUUCUUAGAGAAUUUUUGAUCGGGUGGCAAUGCUAAAGAGAUGUGGGCUUCUAUCUGGGCUGAUCCGAGUCAGCAGCAGAGGUUCCACUAUCAACCCAAGGAGGGAAUUAUCAGUAGCAGGAUCGUUCUCUCUUGAUGUGAGCUUACAGUUCACCGAUUCUUCCCUGAGCUCGCAACUGAAGGAUGUCUCUGUCAGAAUAAUCCAUGCAGGCGGUCGGGAAGAGCUGUAUCAGUACUCUGUCUCGGCAGCCCAGCUGAUGGAGAAAUACCCUGGAAUGUGUGUGGCUCGUCCGGAGGUCUUUAAGAACCCAUAUGAAUCAAUUCUCGGGGAGAAUGAUAAGUUGCUUGUAGGCCAUAAGUACUACAUAAUCCCAUCCACUACAGUGAAGAAACUGAAGCGGAGGUAUCAAGCAAGAAGGAGAGAGAAAGAGGACGCAAAAGAUAUUAAGCAGGGGGGGCGAAAGGGGAGAUUACCCGAGGGUGAUGGAAUCGAUGACUUCUCCGAGGAAUCUGUCUGCUCUGCAAAGGAUUUCUACGUCUCCAAGGAAAAGUGGUCCAAAUGCUCGCUGAAGAAGAAGAAGAUGAGAAAGAAGCCCUUUGUGCCACCCAUUCAAAAGGCAAGAACUGUUCGGUCGCUGGCGUGGGAGCCGAGCUUAACUUCAGUGCAAGAGAUCUCUCCUUGACAUCUUUUGACGUUUGAGAGCCGUCUCCUCUUGUGGUUAUGUUUAACUCCUGAUGUCGUCAAAACAGUCCUGUUGCUCCAUAUUCUGUCUGAGGCACUUCUUCAAAAGAGGUCUUUGCUCGUCAUUUUGAGCUCCGGGGUAUUCUUGAUUAUUUGAUCGCCAUUUGUUUAGAUCAAUACAGGAAUAACAGGUUGUCCGGACAGUUCAUGUCGCGAGACACUUGCACUAAAUAAACUAUGCAGAAUUAUGUUGGACUUCACGAUGAUGGAGUUAGUUCUGUUCA